UUCGCUCUGCAGAGCCCGCACUACCAUAUAUAAACCACCUCAUUCCUCCCGCUUCCUCUCGCCGGCCGCGAAAGAAACCCUAGCCCAAGAAGAGAAACCCCUCCAAGAUCUCCAAGAGGCACCGCAAAGAUGGUGAAGUUCCUCAAGCCCGGGAAGGCCGUGAUCGUGCUCCAGGGCCGCUACGCUGGCCGGAAGGCCGUCAUCAUCCGGAACUUCGACGACGGCACGAGGGACCGCGCCUACGGCCACUGCCUCGUCGCCGGGAUCAAGAAGUACCCCAGUAAGGUCAUCAAGAAGGACUCGGCGAAGAAGACGGCCAAGAAGUCGCGCGUGAAGACGUUCGUGAAGGUCGUCAACUACAGGCAUCUGAUGCCCACUCGCUACACCCUCGACGUCGACCUCAAGGACGUCGUCACCCCCGACUGCCUCCAGAGUAAGGACAAGAAGGUCACGGCCGCCAAGGAGACCAAGAAGAGGCUCGAGGAGAGGUUCAAGACGGGGAAGAACAGGUGGUUCUUCACCAAGCUCAGGUUCUGAUUUCAGCCCGUUUGAGAAAUUGGCGUCGCGUUAGGGCAAAAUUCGAGUUUCAUCCUUUUGUCUUUAAUUUGUGGAUUAAGUGAAAUGGUGGACCCGGAUUUGAUUGUAGUGGUUUAUUUGGAGCUUGAUAAUAUCUUUCAAUUUUGAUGUUUGUUACUGUCACUGUUUUGGGUUUGGAUCUGCUCCGGAUUUGACAGAAUAUGUGCUUCGUCGACUGCUUGAUUUAAGUGAAAAGAGUGCACUUUGAUGCGUGCAUUGCUGGUGC